AUUUUAUCAAAUUGAAAAAAUAUCCCCAAAAGCCCAGAGAAGAGAUAUUUGUUGUAAUAACCCAAUUAAAAGCUACAGCACCAUUAUCCAUCCAAACUAAUCCGCCAUGGAAGAUCAGAUUGUCCCAGAAGCACUAAACGAGUGGCAGCAAAUCGACUCGCCAUUCUUCAUCGCCGAUCGCUCAGAAUUCCCGCAACUCGACCACGACCAGGGCUCCGGCGUCGGGAAUCUAGAGGCGAUGGAUUCGUUGUCGUCGUUAUCGGCGCUGGAAAUGUCGUCGUCCGGCGAGGAGGGAGAUGAAGCGGAGGAGGAGCGGCGAUUGGGGGUGUUCGGAUCGGAGUUCAUCCGCGCUGCUCGCAACCUCAAAAAUCACCUUCUCGAUUGCGUAACUGGAUUGAAGACGACGAAGAAGAAUGGAAUCGCGAUUCUGAUGUCUGUUGCCGCGAGUGGAACGCUGGUUUUGGUAUUGGCGUCGUUUUUGUAUAUGAAGAAGAUGAAGAGGAAGGCGCCGCAGCUUGAGAGUAGACACAAAUUCACCAUUCUCAAUGCCAUCAAGGAAAAAGAUGAGAGAAUUAAGCAGCUAUUGUUGCAAAUCAGUCAGAUGAAUGAGCUCUUACAAGCAACAAGGAAGGUUCCAGUUAUUCGAGUUGGUUAAUUAAUUGGUUAAAUUAAUUACCAAUCAUCCUUGCUUAAAAACAUUAUAGCUAGUGUAAUUAAACAUAUAUACGGAGUCUUUGAUUUUGUACAUCAUAUAUAUUUUUGUUUGAAAGUGUAUGUAGUUUAAUCGACUUAUUUUUGUACAAUAAAAAUGUAUUAAUUAUAUGCA